GAAGUAAUCCGAAGACCAGAAUCAGGUUCUGGUUUUAGAAGGGAUGACAAGUUGUAUAGAAGCAAUUUGAACCAUAUUCUGGAAGAUGAGGACGCAAAUAUGCAGCCACUCCAUCUCAGAGGCGUGUCCAACUCUCCUUUGUACGCAAAUGAACCAAGGGUUCCCAACCCUCAGCCGGUGCCACCUCUUGCCGACUCCGUUUCUACGAGAAGGAUAGUCUCUGCGGCACUGGAGACGCUAAAAGAAGAUCCAGAUAUGCCUGAUUCUGCCAUUCUUGUAAGUUCAUGCCUCAUUUACAUACCAGAUGGCAUUCUAGAGGCAGAUUUUAACAUGUGA